GUGUGUGUGGGCGCGGGUGACAUGGCACGGGCAGAGCACCUCGUGCGCCUGGCGCGGGCGGCGGGGGGGGCAGCGGCGCCCAACUGCCGGGUGCUCACAGUCAUGGCGCGCGGCUACUGCCAGGCGGGGCAGCGCCGACACGCCUAUGCGCUGCUGCAGGAGAUGGAGCGGAGGGGCUCGGCACCGGACGCGGCGGUGUUCCACGUGGUGAUGGAGGGCGAGCGCCAUGCACACGCCGUCACGGCGCUGCUGGCCGCCAUGGCGCGCUGCCACGUGCCGCCCACCGAGAGGACCUUCAG